GAAGACAAGAAAGCAAGAUUCUCAAGUAACUAAAUUGCUUAAUAAUUUUCCACUUUUGAUCUCUCAUUUCAUGUUUUUCUCAUCUUAGAUUGAAUCACAAAUCUAAUCUAGCAGUACUAGUUGUAGGACUCCUCAAGAAGUGUGAAUAAGCCAGUAAGUAAUAUGGCAGAAGAGAUGAGAGAACCACUUAUUCAACAACACCAUGAUCAUCAAGGAGAAGAAAAUGGGAAACAAAGAGACAACAAAGAAAGCUUAUGGAUGGUUUACUUGAGUACUUUUGUUGCUGUUUGGGGUUCUUUUGAAUUCGGUACUUGUGCAGGGUAUUCAUCGCCAACUCAGGCUGCGAUCACAGACGAGCUCAAUCUGUCUUUAGCCGAGUACUCAGUUUUUGGCUCCAUUUUGACAAUUGGUGCAAUGAUUGGUGCAAUUACAAGUGGGUUGAUUGCUGAUUUCAUUGGCCGGAAAGGGGCAUUGAGAACAUCGGCUGCUUCUUGUGUUGCAGGAUGGCUUGCUAUAUACUUCGCUAAGGGUGCAUCGGCCCUUGACAUUGGAAGACUUGCCACGGGAUAUGGGAUGGGAGUCUUUUCUUAUGUGGUACCUGUUUUUAUAGCUGAAAUUGCACCCAAAAAUAUUCGAGGAGCCUUGACAACAUUAAAUCAGUUAAUGAUUACCUGCGGAGUUUCUGCUUCAUUUCUGAUAGGGACGCUUAUGCCAUGGCGCGAACUAGCCUUAUCUUCACUAAUACCUUGCGCCAUUAUGCUUGUGGGUCUAUUUUUCAUUCCAGAAUCACCUAGAUGGCUGGCCAAGAUUGGAAAACGAAAAGAGUUUGAAGGAGCACUUCAAAAGCUUCGGGGAAAGGAAGCUGAUAUUUCCGAUGAAGUGGCCGAAAUCCAGGAUUACAUAGAAACUCUUCAAAAACUCCCACAGGCCAGAAUAUGGGAUUUGUUUCAGAAAAGAUACUUGCGUUCAGUCACUAUUGGAGUUGGAUUGAUGGUGUGUCAACAAUUUGGAGGAAUAAAUGGAAUAGUUUUCUACCUAAGCCAAAUAUUCGUGUCCGCAGGAUUUCCGGCUGAUGUUGGAACUAGUAUCUACGCUGUUCUUCAGAUUGUGGUAACUGCCCUGGGUGCAAGCUUAAUAGAUAGAGCUGGAAGACGGGCACUUCUACUGGUCUCAGCAACAGGAUUGGUUGUUGGUUGCCUCCUAACUGGAAUUGCAUUCUAUAUGAAGGACCAUGAUUUGCUGCUCAAUGCAGUACCAGCCCUCACUGUGACAGGAAUACUGGUGUACAUCGGAUCGUUCUCGGUAGGAAUGGGUGCAGUUCCAUGGGUUGUAAUGUCUGAGGUUUUUCCAAUAAAUGUUAAAGGGGUAGCUGGAAGUCUAGCGACGUUAGUGAACUGGUUUGGUUCAUGGGUGGUUUCCUACACAUUCAAUUAUCUCAUGAGUUGGAGCUCUUCUGGUACAUUUAUCAUAUACGCUGUGGUUAACGGACUAGCAAUAGUAUUUAUCGCCAUGUUAGUACCUGAAACAAAGGGAAGAACUCUAGAAGAGAUUCAAGCUGCCAUCAACAAUUAUCAAUCAGAACAAAAUCUCAAUGAUGCAUUAACUUUUGCUUGGCUUUCCAACUACUACUCUGUUUGUUCUGUUCUUGUCUUUUGUGCUGUGGGUCAUUUCCUUGCUUGUCCUUCUCUCCCUCUCUGUCUCUCUAGAUUUCACAUCUGGGUUUCUCUCCUGCAAUUUAUCUGUCUUUUUUCUCCUGGUUUUCAGAAAAUGGAAGAAGUAAUCAUGGAAGAAGGAGAGAUGGAGACACCUUUGAUUCCCACAAAACACAGGAAACAGCAUCAACAGGAAUCUCCUCCAUGUUCAGACUCCAUUGGAGUAGUGGUUCUUGGCACUUUUGUUGCUGUUUCUGGAUCUUAUAUCUUUGGCUCUGCUAUAGGAUAUUCAUCACCAACACAGUAUGGGAUUAUGAAUGAACUUGACCUUUCCUUAGCAGAGUACUCGUUUUUCGGUUCAAUUUUAACAAUCGGAGCAAUGAUAGGUGCCAUAAUGAGUGGCCGCAUAGCGGAUGUCCUCGGACGUAGGGGUGCUAUGUGGGUUGCCGAUAUAUUUUGCAUUAUUGGUUGGCUCGCAAUACUCUUUUCAAAGGGCGCUUGGAUGCUCGACAUUGGAAGACUGUCGAUGGGAUAUGGAAUAGGGCUUCUCUCUUAUGUGGUUCCUGUGUAUAUAGCUGAAAUAACACCCAAGAAUCUUCGAGGAGCGUUUACUACAGUUAAUCAGUUGAUGAUAUGCAUUGGCGCAUCCCUUACCUUUCUAUUUGGAACAAUGGUCACAUGGCGCACUCUAGCACUAAUUGGAACCAUUCCGUGCCUAGUACAAUUUAUAGGGCUCAUCUUCAUUCCUGAAUCUCCUAGAUGGCUGGCAAAAGUGGGUAAAGUGGAAGAUUUUGAAUUCUCCCUUCGACGUCUUCGGGGAAACAAUGCCAAUAUAUCUGAAGAAGCUGAAGAAAUCAGAGAUUAUACCGAGACCAUUCAGCGACUACCAAAAGCCAAAACCUUGGACUUGUUUCAGAGAAAAUAUGCUCAUUCGCUCAUUGUUGGAGUUGGAUUAAUGGUCCUACAACAAUUUGGAGGUGUUAAUGGAAUUGCAUUUUACGCGAGUUCAAUUUUCGUUUCGGCGGGUUUUUCUUCGGGUAAUGUUGGAACUAUAGCAAUGGUUGCAGUUCAGAUACCCAUGCAAAUAUUAGGUGUACUUUUAAUGGAUAAAUCCGGGAGAAGACCACUUCUUAUGAUUUCUGCAGCUGGAACUUGCUUGGGUUGUUUCCUAGCAGGAUUGUCGUUUCUCUUGCAGGGUAGCCAAUUCCCUAAAGAGCUGAGUCCAACAUUGGCCCUUACGGGCAUUCUGGUGUACACAGGAUCUUUCUCAUUAGGCAUGGGUGGGAUACCAUGGGUUAUUAUGUCCGAGAUAUUUCCAAUAAACAUGAAAGGCACAGCAGGGUCCCUAGUGACCUUAGUAAGCUGGUUUGGUUCUUGGAUUGUUUCAUACGCUUUCAACUUUCUCAUGGAGUGGAAUUCAGCAGGUACAUUCUUCAUAUUUUCAAGCAUUUGUGGCUUGACCAUUCUCUUUGUAGCAAAGCUGGUUCCAGAAACUAUGGGUCUAACACUGGAAGAAAUACAAGCCUCUAUGAAUCCAUUCUCGACUGCGAAAUAGAAUUGUUUAAGGUGUGUUUAACAUGAUAACAAUGAUCUGAUUAAGGUAGAAACAACAAGGUCUCCCCCUCUUGUACUGCAUUUAUUGUAACAUAUAGAGCUUAAACACCGCAAUGUUCUCAUUCGCGAAUGUACCUGGUUUUAACUUCUAAGACCAUGUGAAACAUCAUUGAGCCA